GUUGGCUAGACUGACCGUGGCCGCCAUCUUGCCGUGCACGUUCGUUGGCUAACCUGAAUUGUUAUCCUGAACUUUUGUCGUCGUGCUAUUAUGAUCCGCGAGACGAAAAUAUCAUGGGAAUAUUUAGGAUCAACGGUAUUGUUGGUAAAAGGGUUCCAGCAGCAACAAGUUUAAUUGUACAGCAAUUUGAGAAUCUAAAUCUCAAGGCUGUCAAAAGUAUAGUGGCAUCCUACGACCCUUUCGACGAGCGCUGCAUUUCGACCAGAAAAUUUGUGGAGUUCCUCAACCACAAAAUAGUUACUAGGAAGUUUCCUGAGUUCAAGGUGCAAACAGCUAUCAAGUGUGAUCGUUCUGAACCAACAGUUUCUUUUGACCUUGUUACAGGCAAAAAGGUGCUAUUUAAGGCUGCAAACCUAACUACGCUGGAAAUGUUUGAACUUUACAAUCGCUAUGUAUCACCAUAUGCACCUGAAGAAGAGAAACCCCGUGAAACUUUAACAACCAAAGCUAUGCGACAGGGCAGGAAGUGAAUGUGUGUGGGCGUUGUGACCAAAGAUAUUUGCCUUAAGAGACUUUUAACGUAAUAGCUCCAAAAUGGCAAAGAAUAAGAAAGCAUAUAAUAUAGAACUUAUUGACCAUAUCUACAAUCAAGUACCGGCAUUUACAGAUGUCUUUG